AUGCUGGGCUACCCUCUGCUUGGGUGGAUUUUGGAUCUGGCUGGGUUCCAUAUCGCGUCUACCUGCGUGCACCGGCCCACGAGCUCGGAGGUAACGUGUGCGGGGUCCAGCUCCGAGAACACUAGAGGUUCCCCGAAGUGCCAGUACAUCAGCGUGCCUUUCGACGCCUGCGCCGUCCUACAGCCCGACCCCGAGCCAGUCUCAUCAAUAUUGAUCGUUGCCUUUCGCGUGCGUGAAGCGGGCACUUCGCCGGAGGGGCUCCUGUUCUUCUGCGAGCUUCCGGCGUCCGCCGGCAGACCGGGAGAGCACAUGUCAAUGUCGGAGUUCCUGUCUGGCCUGUGCUUCGGUCGCGGCAGCGGCUCGAGCGAGCAUCUGACCACCGCUGGGCAGAUUCUGUCGACUGGCAGCGGCGGCGCCGCCUCGGCGGCGCCGCUGCUCGAUGGCGGACUCGCGCGCGCGGAGCGGAGCGCAGGAGUCUUGCUCGGGUUCUCCGCUUGCGUGUCCAGGCCAGGCCUCGGGUCUGUUUCUCCCGAGCUGGUGGCUCAGCGGGAGGCCGCUGGAAAUUGCCAUGACCGCAGGGGCAAGGCGCACGCGGCCAGCCUCUCUGCCGCCCCGCGCGCCAGCCCCCGCUGGUAUACCUGGGAGUCUGGAUAUAAUCUGCGGCGUGAUAUCGACCCGGCCGGCCCAACCCAGGAAUUCAGCAGUACAGCGGAUUGCAUGGUCAGCUUGUCCAUGGAUGCAGGCUGCGACUUCGAGAUCGACCCAGGGCGGCGCUCCCUCGCCACUGUGCUGCUGCUCUCGGUGCGGUGCUUCCCAACGACGGGCUCGGAGACUUACGUGGACAUGCCGGCGGUCAGCAAUGACGCCUACCUGGACCUGUGCCCAGGCCCCCCGUCCGCCCUUCAGGAAGCCCAGGCCGCCUGCGACGCGGAGCCGAGCUGCUCGGGCGUGGUCCUGUCGUACGACUGCCAGCCGUACUUCUGGCGGUACUGCACUGGGAGCCUGGCCCAGAUCCUGGGCUAUCCAGGAGAGGGCGCGCCCCGCGGCCCGGGCACGCCGUGGGCCUCUCCCGCUGGGGACGGCGAGGCGCAGCCGCAGGACUCCGAGGGCGCGCGGGGCGUCGGCUGGCGCGCGUCGCGGUGGUGCCGGAGGGCCACCGAGGUGGUGCCAUCCGGCGACGUGCGAACUGCUGGACUGGACACGACGUCCGGCGACCCGUCUGAGCCCGGCGCUUCUGUCGCGAUGUCCAUGGCGCAGGACGGGCGGGCGGACGGUGGUCUGGUGUGA